UGAAACAACUAGCUAACUUUCUCUUCUCUUAUCACUAAGCAAAGAGAGAACCUAAUUCUUCUCUUUUCCUUUCUUUGUCUUCCACUUGACCCAUUAGAUUCUCUUUUUUUCCACCUUUUUCUUAUUGUUCUCUCACCACUAUCACUCACUUAACAAUUCAAAGCUGUGCCUAACUCUCUCCUUUGCUAAAGCUACUUGGUUUUGGUUAAAAUUGUUCAAGAAAUUGCUUAUUAUGUGAAAUAUUGAGAUCAACAUCGACUUAAGAAAAAUAGUCAUAAGUAAGGUGGAGUUUUGAGCAAUUUUAAGUUCAAGAAAUUGCUUACGUAAAAUAUUGAGGUCAACACUGACUUAAGGAGCAAUACGAGCGGAAAAGUAUAGCUACUUGUAAGGUGGAGUUUGGAGAAAAAAGCAAAGCUAAUUAAGCCAAUUUGUACAAGAUUUAGCUAGAAGAAAUUCCAAAAAUGAGUGAUCAACAAAAGAGUCAAAAUGAAGGUGGCUAUACUCAAAGACCAUCUCCAUUAUCAUCAUCUAAAAAUCCUGCCAAAACUUUGUGCACUUUUCUACUAAUUUUCCUCAUAUUAGCUGGUCUCACUUUGCUCAUAGGGUGGCUAAUUUAUCGACCUCACAAGCCAAAUUUCACUCUAGUAAAUGCUGCAAUUUACCAAUUAAACAUCACAUCCCUUCCUUAUAUGUUCACUACCAUGCAAUUCACAGUGUUAGUAAGAAAUCCAAACAGGAGAGUCAGCUUGUUUUAUGACCAAAUUUCAGCUCUUGUUUCUUACAAGGGUCAAGCAAUUACACCUCCAGUGAUGCUGCCACCUUUAUUUCAGGAUACAAAAAGCACGGUGCCCUUGUCGCCGGUGAUCGGAGGCGUGUCGGUGCCGGUAUCGGUGGAAGUUGCAAAUGGGUUGGUGGUGGAUGAAACGUAUGGGAUGGUGGCUUUGAGACUAGUGUUUAUGGGUAAAUUGAGAUAUAAAGCUGCAUUUGUAAGGACUAGACAUUAUGGAAUUUAUGUCAAGUGUGAUAUGUUGGUAGGGUACAAGAAGGGUUUUGUGGGUCAAGUACCUUUGCUUGGUUCUCCAGACUGUGAAGUUGAUGUAUGAAUUUUCUUUUCCUUUGUGAAUAAAUGACCAAGUGGAGUUAAAGAUUAUGAACUUCCAAUUAGGAAACUGAAUGAGUACAAGAUGAACUGGAGACUUCUUUCUUCUUCAAAAGUUACCAAGUUCUAAUCAUAAUUGUGUUUUUUCCA